AUGGAUUUUUCGUGGCGAAAAGGACGGAUUACUGGACAAGAAUGUAAGAGGAAUCCGUCCACCGUUCGGUCCAUCGGUGGACGGAUUACGGCACAAGGUUUUGUGAGAGGAAUCUGUCCGCCGGUGGACGGAUUACUUGUCGAUGUUGGCGAAAAAGUUCCGUCCACCGGCGGACGGAGUACUGGACAAGUUUGCAAGAGGAAUCCGUCCGCCGGUGGACGGAUUAUCCGUCGAUGUUGGCGAAAAAGUUCCGUCCACCGGCGGACGGAUUACUGGACAAGGUUUUGCAAGAGGAAUCUGUCCGCCGGUAGACGGAUUUCCUGCAAAUGUUGGGGGAAAGGUUUUGCAAGAGGAAUCCGUCCGCCGGUGGACGGAUUACCCGUCGAUGUUGGCGAAAAAGUUUCGUUCACCGGUGGACUGAUUACUGGACAAGGUUGCAAGAGGAAUCCGUCCGCCGGUGGACGGAUUACCCGUCGAUGUUGGCGAAAAAGUUCCGUCCACCGGCGGACGGAUUACUGGACAAGGUUUUGCAAGAGGAAUCCGUCCGCCGGUGGACGGAUUACCCGUCGAUGUUGGCGAAAAAGUUUCGUUCACCGGUGGACUGAUUACUGGACAAGGUUGCAAGAGGAAUCCGUCCGCCGGUGGACGGAUUGCCUGCACAAGGUUUUGCAAGAGGAAUCCGUCCACCGGUGGACGGAUUGCCAUCCAAUGUUGGUGAAAAAGUUCGGUCCACCGGUGGACGGAAUACGGCACAAGGAUGCAAGAGGAAUCCGUCCGCCAGUGGACAAAUUGCCUUCCAAUGUUGACGAAAAGGAGUCCGUCCGCCGGUAGACGGAUUGCCUUCCAAUGUUGGUGGAAAAGUUCGGUCCACCGGUGGACGGAAUACGGCACAAGGAUGCAAGAGGAAUCCGUCUGCCGGUGGACGGAUUGCCUUCCAAUGUUGGCGAAAGGGUUCGGAGAAUUCUUUCCACCGUUGGACAGCAUGGAUGUGCCUUGGGCCGGACUGGCCGAACGACAACAUCGCCGCAUCACAGGUGUGCGACGGGGUUCGCUGAACCGCCCGUCCUUUCGUAUUAUUUUUAUCACCAUUUGCGAUGGAUCCCUCGUCCCUAUCAAGUACGCGUUCCGGACUCCCUACCAAGUACGCAUUCUGGAAUCGACCACCCUCAAACUGGCCAAAUCGACUCCAUCUGUACUGAGGUGCAGAUCUUUCGGGCCGUGUACGACAGGUGCAAGUGCAACGCUGACGGAAGGAACGUCGACAACGUCGUAUCCAAAGUUCGCUUUUCGUUGAAGACAGUAGAACAGCUGCUGAGCGUAGUUCGUCUGUCGGGAAUCCUCGAUUGGGAUCAUCUGCUGGACGCGAUCACGGAAAAGACGGCCUCGACGCAAUUGCCUUACCGUGGAGCGCUGUGGCCAGAGGAGAACGUCGCGUGCAACAAGUUCAACUCGAAGAUCAUCCAGGGUGAGCUCAAAUCUGAAGCUGGUGGGAAGUCAGACGAGUGCGCCACCCAUCAUCAAACUGACCGACACCCAAUCGCGGAUCCGUUGGCGCGCGCCGUCCAGUGGCACCCGGAAGUGGCCACUCAGUUGUGGGUAGCCAGCGAGGAAGAUCAAGCCCCCUCCGUUCAACUGUGGGAUCUCCGCUACGCGACUGCCCCCACCAAAACCUUCCACAUCUACCAGCGGGGUGUCCUCGGUCUGACCUAGUGCCCGAAGGAUUUCGACCUGGUCGCUUCCUGCGGCAAAGACAACAAAAUCUACUGCUGGAACCAAAACUCCGAAGAGCAAAACGGGAAAAUCCUCUCCGAGCUUGCGACCAAAAACCAGUGGAACUUUGACGUGGCCUGGUGUCCGCGCAACCCGAUGCUCAUCGCCGGUCCCAGCUUCGACGGCAACGUAACCGUUUAUUCGACCAACGGCGGAGCUCACGCCCAGGUGCAGAUGGUGAACAAAAUAGCUGAUUCGUUCCCCGGAGUGGACAGCAUCGAGCACGAGCCGGUUCAUCCGUUCGCAGGACAGCCGCAGCCUACCUGCAACGAUCUGAAGCGACCGGUGGGAGCGUGCUUUGGGUUCGGCGGCAAGCUGGACACGUCCAACGGAACGAGCCGCACCGUCAUCGUGAACCAGGUCGUAACAGAUCGCGAGCUGAUCCAACGCUCGAACCGUCUCGAGCAAGUGCUGGCCGAGGGCACUCGCUCCGACGCCUGCGUGAGAAGGAACUUGAAGGAUUGCUGGGAGACUGCUCGGCUUGACUGCGCGAACUACUCUGAUGCCGGGGACAUUUGAAGCGACCUAAAUUUUCUAUAAGCACCAUUUAAAGAAAAAAAAACUUAUUGUGUUUUCAUUGCUGUACUAUUUUACAUAUUAAUA